UGCGGAGCUCGAACCGACAUGGAGCAUGAAUGAACAAUUCGUGGUGGAACAACAUCAAUCUGCAUUAAUAGUGGACGGUGUUGAAUCAUCUCUUCCGAUGACUCGCGUGGUUUCUAGUAAAUCGCAAAUUGCAGGAGCAGGAGAUACUAUUACCUAUAAUAAAGGAGCCAGUAUUGUCCGUAUGAUGAGCCUCAUAUUCGGAACUGAAAUUUUUAAUAACGCAUUACGUAGCUACAUAGAAAACAAGUAAAUAUUACAGUAAUUGAUUGUAUUU